CUCUUUUUUUUUUUUUGUGUGUGCUGUGAAUGUCGUUUCAAUACGAGCAGCAGGUGAUCGAGGCCGCCGAGCUGAUUGCAAGAGGCGCUCAUGCUGAUGCACUCCAGAGCUUGAAGCCAGUCAUCGACUACUUCAACAACCAAGACAAUCGCUCAAAGAAGGCAUCGCUGGACCCACACCACCAGCGAGCGGCGGCCGUGCUCGUGAAGGCGUACAGCGGAGCCGAGCUUGGCGUUGCGCGCGUUGAGCAGGCGCUCGCGCUCGUGCAGCGCAUGGCUGCUGCCGAUUCUGCACAGGAUGCCAGUAUCUUGCUAGGAUCGAUCAAGGCGGUCCUUGGACUCCAUCACGCCAUUCGCGCUGGCCUACCGACAUACUCUGCACCUUUGGCCGAGCUCGAGCGGCACGCGAGGUUGUUCGCCACCCGGCUCGCAUCUGUGCGCUCCAGUGACCUCAACGAGCUGGAAGUGUUUGAGACCUUGCGACAACUUUUCGAGUUGACCCAUGACACGGAGGCGUUGGCUCAGCUACUCAAGUUACACCUCAAGCAUGUCGCUGACCACCCGCGUGACUUUGUUCGACUCAAAGAAUUGGGAAAGGUUGCGCUGUGCUCGUCAGAGUUGGCGCUGGUGCAGAGCAUUUGUGUUGCUGCAGCCCCCCAAUGUGCCUCCAGUCUUGAGGCGUGUGAUCUGAUUGUCGAUUUACUACAGCAAACCGUGGAUCUCCUCCACCACUGUGCGAGCACAAUGUGUCAGCUGGUCCCCAAGGGCAUCAAAAGCGCUGUCGCCAUCCACACGCUCGAGUGGCUCCCUGUUCGCGAAGUAUUGGAUGCCUCGUUCGCUCGCGACUGCUUCCAGCAACUGCUGUUCACGGCAGAUUCUGCCUGCGCGCUGGCCAAUGCCGCCAACCAUCAGCCCUCACCCGCACCAACAUGGGAAUCUCGUCUUGCGCGUGCGUGCGUAGCAUUGGGCCGCUGGACUGAGAUCCUUGAAACCCUCGCACAACUCUCCAGAAAGUUUGGCAUGGAAGGGCCUUCGGAGUUUCCCCACGCGGCCUGGCGCUCGCUUGCUUCAGAGUUUAAUGCACGCAUGUGGCUGCGCAUCGUGUAUGCCAUCAAUUCGCUCGAAUGGGCGGCCUCCUCGUCCCUCCCUGCUCUGGAGAGUCCUGUUGCCUGCGCUGUCGUUGCCGCGUCCGGCUGGCGUUUGCGCGAUCUCUCGGAGACGGAGCAAAACCAACUGCCGGCCUCAUUCCGCAAGUUUUUGUUUACUCUCGCAUGCCAGCGCUUGUGUGUGGUGGUGCGGUUGCAAAAAUGCACGCCUGCCUUCUGGCGAGCAAAGGACGACAAGAUCCGUCACACUCUGCUUCAGACGCUCAGCAAGUUGGUCAGCCGCACAACGCUUCUGGCUCCGCUUCCCCUCGAGGAGCUGGUGCCCACGCUGGUUCAUCGCUUGUCACUUCGUCUUGUGGACGAGUCGAUGACGCAGCUGUCGUGGUAUGACCACCAAGCUCUAGCCGCAAGUCCUCUUGAUUUCUCAUUGCUUCUCUGGAUCGUGAAGCAUGCUCGAGCAAGCUUUGGGAAUGACGAGCUUGAGUUUGCGCAGUAUCUGCAUUCAGUACUCAAGGCUGUCUCUGCAAACCAUCCUGCAAGCACUCAAUGGCAGAUGGAAGCAUUCGUGCUGAUGUGCAGCCUGACCGCCAAGCCCUCCGUUUUGCAAAGCGAGUUGCCGUCUCAGUUGCAGCUCUCCUCUGAAAGCCACACUGCAAUCUGGGAAUCUUAUUUGCGCGGCGACGUAAUCCAAGGCAAUGCCCUUCACGAUCCUGCGCUCAUGAGCCCCGAGCACCUCUCUAUUGCCGCUCGUUAUGCCGACUCGUGCUUGGCAAUUGAAGGUUCCUUCAACAAUCUCAUCGAGUGUGCGUUGUUUGCUGCAACACAUAGCAUGCUUGCCCUUCAGGCGGCGUGGCAGGCGGUUGCCGACCAGUCGACUGCAUGGCAGGUACUUUCUUCCCGCUUGCCUCAUCUUUCGUUGGAGCAGUUCAAUGGUUUGCUGCAAUCGGUGGCGAGUCGUGAUCCAAGCCGGUCGAGUAUUAAACCACCUGCAGACACUGAAUUACUCUCAUUGCUCGAGUUGACUCUGGCAGCCGCUUCUCGGCUGGCGCAAGGGAGCCAAAGCUCGAUUCCAGGCGAAUCACAGAUGAUCGUCCGUCUCAUUCCUCCAAACAAUCAAGGAGGCUCAACCGGUGUCUCAUCUGCCUCAUCCCGUUCUUUGCCAGAUGUGACCUUUUCCCCACACAAGAGCGCGGUCGCAUCUCUCAACCAACCUCGCCUCCGUGCUGAGGAGAAGCGGAUGACUUUGCACCCUCCUGCAUCAUCAAAAGUUGUCCCAUCUUCGAGCUCUGAUCAGCUUCCAAGCGACCAGGAUGCCAGCGCCGACCAGAAUGCCAGCGCCGAUACGUGGAAACGCAGCACACUCGCCCAUCUCAUGUCGCAGGUUAAAGGAUCCACUGCCAACGAUGCAUCUGCUACCAACGGUGCAGCCGCUUCUAGUCCAGCCAAGCCAGUCCAGCUGCCAUCGAGUCAGCAGGGAUCUGCCGCUCAACCGCUCGUGCAGCCCAAUCCGAUCCUUGCGAUUCUGGCCAAGCAGCGUGCUAGCAAGUGGGAGUGCGGGUCGUGCAUGAUUGGAAACGAACUUACGGUUGACAAGUGCGUUGCAUGCGGCACCAAGCGACCUGGAGCACCCGAAUCGAAGCCUUCGGCACCGAUCACGACUGCACCAGCACCCGGUGGCAUGCCUUCGUUCAAGCCGCUUGGUAUGCCAUCAUUUGCAUUUGGAGGUGCUGCAGCAGCUGCACCUGCACCUGCGCCUGCACCUGCGCCUGCCCUUGUGCCUGCACCUGCCCCUGUGCCUGCAUCUGCAACUGCAACUGCAACUGCACCUGCCACUGUACCUGCUGCUGCGCCUGCAAAGGUGGAAACUGCGACCACCACUGUCGAGGCCGGCACAGUCGACGCUGGGCAAGCGAAAGAGCCAGCGAAAGAGCCAGCGAAAGAGCAAGCGUCCUCAGCGACCAAUCCGAUCCUUGCGAUUCUGGCCAAGCAGCGUGCUAGCAAAUGGGAGUGCGGGUCUUGCAUGAUUGGAAACGAACUGACGGUUGACAAGUGCGUUGCAUGCGGCACCAAGCGACCUGGAGCACCCGAGUCGAAGCCUUCGGCACCGAUCACGACUGCACCAGCACCCGGUGGCAUGCCUUCGUUCAAGCCGCUUGGUAUGCCAUCAUUUGCAUUUGGAGGUGCUGCAGCAGCUGCACCUGCACCUGCGCCUGCACCUGCGCCUGCACCUGCACCUGCGCCUGCACCUGCACCUGCACCUGCACCUGCAGCUGCGCCUGCAAAGGUGGAAACUGCGACCACCACUGUCGACGCUGGGCAAGCGAAAGAGCCAGCGAAAGAGCCAGCGAAAGAGCAAGCGUCCUCAGCGACCAAUCCGAUCCUUGCGAUUCUGGCCAAGCAGCGUGCUAGCAAGUGGGAGUGCGGGUCGUGCAUGAUUGGAAACGAACUUACGGCUGACAAGUGCGUUGCAUGCGGUACCAAGCGACCUGGAGCGCCCGAAUCGAAGCCUUCGGCAGCGAUCACGACUGCACCAGCACCCGGUGGCAUGCCUUCGUUCAAGCCGCUUGGCAUGCCAUCAUUUGCAUUUGGAGGUGCUGCAGCAGCUGCACCUGCACCUGCGCCUGCACCUGCGCCUGCACCUGCACCUGCCCCUGUGCCUGCAACUGCAACUGCACCUGCACCUGCACCUGCACCUGCACCUGCGCCUGCAAAGGUGGAAACUGCGACCACCACUGUCGAGGCCGGGCAAGCGAAAGAGCCAGCGAAAGAGCAAGCGUCCUCAGCGACCAACCCUAUCCUUGCGAUUCUGGCCAAGCAGCGUGCGAGCAAAUGGGAGUGCGGGUCGUGCAUGAUUGGAAACGAACUUACGGUUGACAAGUGCGUUGCAUGCGGCACCAAGCGACCUGGAGCGCCCGAGUCGAAGCCUUCGGCACCGAGCACGACUGCGCCAGCACCCAGCGGUAUGCCUGCGUUCAAGCCGCUUGGUAUGCCAUCAUUUGCAUUUGGAGGUGCUGCAGCAACUGCUCUUGGUGGCGCAGCGGCAGCUCAAGGUGUUCCACCAAGCGCACCGACAAGUCUGCCAGCAAUUCGCCCAUUUACGCUGCCAACGACCACGGCAUUGACUGCUGCCCCUGCGGCAAAGGCCGUACCUGCACCAGCACCUGUAGCUGCCGUACCUGCACCUGUACCUGCAACUGCACCUGCCCUUACACCCACAAAAGCACCCUCUGUUGGCAGCGUGGAGGCAAGUCAGGCACAAGAAGCAUCGAAGGACGUGCCCGCAACCACAUCUGCUUCCACCUCAUUGGUACCCACCCAACCUGUCACUCAGGCUCCAUCGCCCUUGAAAUUGCAGUCACCUUCGAGCGGCUCAUCGUCUGCAACUGUAGCAGCAUCAAAACCAUCUCUUCUUUCAGCCGUGCAAAAACCAGCGCCAGCUGCCGGUGCAAUUACCUUUGCUGCACCCAAGUUCUCUGUGCCAGUCGCAAGCAGCGUUGCUUUCGCGGCGCCCAAGUUUUCUGCACCCAAGCAGCAACAGGUUCCUCGCACAGCUCCGGCUCCUUCUUCCGCAAGCCCUGAUAGCGCGAGUGGGCCUCGUUUUGGAGCAGCGCCAUCGUUUUCGUCCAGUGUCAAUUUGAUGCCGACCUCCAGCGCUCGUAAUGCGUCUCAGGGGCUGGGUGCCACUUUUGGAGCUGCCACCACCACCACCACCACCACCACACCAUCUGCUUGGAGUUCUCUCGCGUCGUCUUCGGCUCCCGUGCUGGGUCGUAAGGAAUCUGAGACGGCGAAGUCGGCUGCGGUUCCUUUAGGCAAUGACUCUGCCUCGCCUGUUGCAACGUCCGCUGACGUUCCUGAAGUAACCAUCCCGAAGCCUCAAGCAUCCACCCAGACGCCAAAAGCUGAUCUCGCAGAUCAAACGUCCCCUGCAUCUGAAGCCCAGCCUGUCGCCAAGCCAGCUGACAUGAGUAGUCCCCUUCCCCGCUCAGGUGCACCCGAUGUGCCUAAAUUGCCGGUCAGUACCAGUGCAGAAGCUCCCAAGUCUCCAGCCUCCAAAGAAGAUGCAGCGGGAGCUGCACAAGGUCGCACAGAAGUUGCACAAAGUUUCACCAAACUGGCCAGCGGAGGAUUUUUCAAACAAUUCCAAAGCGAGUUCCAGGCGAGCGCGUCCAAACCGACAUCGCCGGAGAGUAUUGGCGCCCCCUUGCGCAAUGCUCCGCUCGCCACUCAGGCCGAGCCCUCCUCGUCGACACCGGCCGGUUUGGGUGCGACUCCCAGCGGGGCUGCCACUGCGCCGAAAGGUGAGGCCAAACUAGAGAGCGCCGGCGCCCCCUUGCGCAAUGCUCCGCUCGCCACUCAGGCUGAACCCUCCUUGUCGACGUCGGCCGUUGUGGGAGCUGUUCCCAGCGACAAUUCCACUGCAUCGAAAGGCGAACUUUCGAAGCCAGAGACGGCAGGUGGUUCGGAAAGGAAAGUGGUUUCCGUGCCAAGCGAAUCAAAAGCUGCGAUCCAAACUCGCGUGCCAGCCAUGCCCCUGCGUCCCGCCCCUGUCCCAAAUCAAGCAGCCGUACACGACUCGCUGGUUGCCGCAAAGAUUCCGGACUCAAGCGCAGUACUACCUCGGACUUCGAACUCGGAGGUUGAACUCGUGCCGAGGGUGAAGCGCUCGUUUGUUGGUGAAGAUGCUGUUUCCGAUGAUGAUCCCAUCCCACGCAAGACUGGCAACCCUGGUUCGCGCUCUCCCGAGACCAAAAAAUCGGGACUGACGUUCCAAUUUGCCAAGAAGCCCUCCGAGUCAAACCAACCGAGUGAAGCUCCGCCUUCCACGGCGACCGCGGCCCUCCCUCAGGCUGGAUUUGCGUUUGGCUCUGCGUCCACAAGCAGCACAGCCACUGAGACUCCAUCCAACUCAAAGUUUGUCUUUGGCAGUCCGAGCAAAGCAGCCAACCCUUCGAGUGUUGUGUCCACUGCCAACUCCGGCCAGGUUGAAUCUGGCGCUUCAAAGCCAACAGGGUUUUCAUUUGGGACGCCGACAGCCAAAGCUUCGACGCAAAGCGCUGCUACGCCAGUUUCAGUUCCUUCCUUUAGUCCAGCUGGACCCAGCCAGGUCGAGGGUGGGUCCAAACCUGAGAGCGUCAAGCCAUCAACCAACUUCUCUUUUGGCACGCCGGCGGCUAAACCGAGCGUGGCUGCCAGUGCCACGCCCGAGACCAAUGCCACGCCCGACACCAAGCCACUUUUCGACGCCUCGACCGUCAAGACAGGCGGCUUUGCCUUUGGCGGCUCUGCUGCCACCCCAGCUACUGGUCUGACUCCCUCCAAACCCGCCGAUGACAAGCCAGUUUCAAGUGACUCUUCUAGUGGAUCUGGCGCCCCCGCCGCUGCCGCGCCAAAGCCUGAUAUCGUCAAGCCAGCAACGAGCUUCGCUUUUGGCACGCCUGCGGCUAAACCGAGCGUGGCUGCCAGUGCCACGCCCGAGACCAAGUCACUUAUCGGCGGUUCUACCAUCAAGACGGGUGGCUUUGCUUUCGGCACCCCAGUUGCUGGUUUGACUCCCUCCAAACCCGCCGAUAACAAACCAGUUUCAACCGACGCUUCUAGUGGAUCUGACGCUGCCGCACCAAAGCCUGAUACCGUCAAGCCCGCAACAGGCUUCGCUUUUGGCACGCCGGCGGCUGCUAGCUCGACCAUUAGGGCAGGCGGCUUUGCUUUCGGCAGUUCUGCUGCCACUCCAUCAGCCAGCGUCGAUCCUGUAGCCAAGGCUUCCUUGAGUGGCGGGGCGCCCGCUGCCCCUGGGUUCUCAUUCGGCACGCCCAAAGCUUCUCUGCCUGCCUUCACGUUCUCUGGCUCGCUUUCCAACUCGAAGCAGACCCCGACUCCAACGACUCAAACUGUGCCACCACCGAGCGCAAGUGACGACUCUACCAGCAAUUAACUGCUUGUGAACAUGAAGUGUUGCUCAUGCUGUUCUUGUGUCAAGUGUAUUUUACAAUGUGUGUUCAACGGUGCAUUCUAGUGUUGUUCGAACAGCAUGAAUUCAU